AUGAUGCCGCUUAUGAGAGACCCACGAAAGAAAGCUGAAGAUAUUACAGCUGUCUAUGAGCUGAGAGAGAAACUGGGAGAAGGCUCUUUCUCAGAGGUGAGGGUUGCUCAACACAGACGUUCCCAGAAGCUUGUAGCUGUUAAGUGCAUCCGCAAGAGGGCGCUAAAGGGCAAAGAAUCCAUGUUAGAGAAUGAAAUUACGGUCCUGCGCAAGAUAAACCACGAAAACAUUGUUUCCUUGCUGGAGACGUUUGAGACGCCAACGAAGCUGUACUUGGUAAUGACUCUGGUAACAGGUGGGGAGCUGCUGGACAGGAUCUUGGCGAGAGGUAGCUACACAGAGAAAGAUGCCAGCCGUGUCAUCCGCCAGGUGCUGGAGGCAGUUAGGUACUUGCACCAGCUGGGCAUCGUACACAGGGACCUGAAGCCUGAGAAUCUUCUCUAUGAAACACCACAUGAGGACUCUAAGAUUGUCAUUAGUGACUUUGGCUUGUCCAAAAUGGAGGACCAAGGAGCGCUGACCACUGCCUGUGGGACUCCAGCGUAUGUUGCUCCCGAGCUUCUGCAGCAGAAAAGUUACGGCAAAGAAGUGGACCUCUGGGCUCUGGGAGUAAUUACCUUCAUACUAUUAUGUGGCUAUCCUCCAUUUUAUGACGACAAUGACACACAACUUUAUAAACAGAUCAUCAAGGCCGAAUAUGAGUUUGACUCACCGUACUGGGAUGAGAUCUCUGACUCAGCAAAAGACUUCAUAGUGCACUUACUGCAGAAGGAACCAGAGAAGAGAUACAAUUGUGAUCAGGCCUUGCAACAUCCUUGGAUAUCAGGAGGAGCUGCACUGGAGAAGAAUAUUCACGGAUCUGUCAGCGAACAGAUUCAGAAGAACUUUGCCAAGACUCAGUGGAAGAGGGCCUUCAAUGCUACAAUGGUGGUGCGUCACCUCAGUAAGAUGGCCCACGUUGGAGAUGAUGAAGCAGGAGACAGUUCUUCAGGGAGAGAAAUUUCUAUGCAUGGCACAGACAUUGCCAAUGAAGACUCCAAAGCCAUCGUCUGA